AUGCAAGGUAUUCAUGAUUACUCGAUGACCGGAGCCCGCGGCGGCGGAGGAGGAAGUUCAGGGAGGUUUUUCGGUGGAGAUCGGCGGAUGAGAGGCCAUCAUCAUAUCCUUAACAAUCAUCACCAAAUAUCUCUCAAGUGUCCUCGUUGCAACUCUCUCAACACAAAGUUCUGUUACUACAACAACUACAACCACUCUCAGCCUCGACACUUUUGCAAAAACUGCCGUCGUUACUGGACCAAAGGCGGCGUCCUCCGUAACGUUCCCGUCGGAGGUGGUUGCCGUAAAGCCAAACGUUCCAAGUCUAAGCAACUUCCGUCGUCGUCACAAGACGGAGAGGAGAAACCAAGCAGCAGGGAGAGUUCUUCUCUCACCGCCUUUACCUCCACCGCCACCACCACCGCCACCACCGCCACUGAAUGGUCGACGUUGCUCGGACAAAGUUCUUUGGACGGUGGAGUUUUCUCGGAAAUGGGCGGUUUUACGGCUGUGUCGAUAGAAACGACACCGUUUGGACUUGGAGGUAGUUCCUUAAAUCAAGAGUGUAUAGCUGAUCAUCAGCAGUUUGAGGAUCGAAUGGUUCAGGUUGAUCCCACUAUGGGAUAUGAACCGUUGGAUUGGGGAAGUGGUGGAUGUGAUCAAACACUCUUUGAACUAACCAGUACGGUUGAUCAUGAAUACUGGAGUCACCAAGAUCGUAAUGAUAUUUACCAUCCUCAAUUCUGACAGCUUCUUUUUGUUCCGCAAAUAUAUUAUUAUACACAUAAGGUAAAGUUUUGAAGUGUUCUUUUAUGGGUUUUAUUAUAUUAUAUGUGAUUGCUUGUAAAAAUGUUCCUAAAAUAUAAAAGAUACAUAAAGCAUCUUGUUUAAUAUUUUAGUUUAUGGAAUAGCCUGAGAGUGCAAAUUUAGAUGGCAUGGUUAUAAUUUGGCGUCCGUUUACUUAUCGUUGUAUGUUUGAUAAGAUCUUGA